UCCCAGUCACGUGCCGGGCUCUUCUUCCCCAUCCGGGAAACAUGGCGGCGCCCGUGAGCUCGGCGGUCGCCCUCCUCCGUCUCCGCCUCGGGGCCGCGCCCCGCGCCCCCGCCCGCCGUUCCCUCUGCAGCCCCGGGGGCUUCCAGCCCCCCCCCAAGCCGGUCAUCGCGGACAAGCAGCAGGAGCCGGAGCCGGCGCGCAGGUUCUUGAGCCCGGAAUUCAUCCAUCCCCGGGGGCGCACGAACCCCAUCAAGUUCCAGCUGGAGCGCCAGGACAUGCUGCGCCGGAGGCGGGUUAUCCACAUCCCCGAGUUCUACGUGGGGAGCAUCCUGGCCGUCACCUCGUCGGACCCUCACGCCAAGGGCAAAACCAGCCGCUUUGUGGGCAUUUGUAUCCAGAGGUCGGGUUACGGCCUGGGGGCCACCUUUGUGCUGCGGAACAUCAUCGAGGGCCAAGGUGUGGAGAUCUGCUUUGACCUGUACAGCCCCCGCAUCCACGAGAUCCAGGUGCUGCGCCUGGAGAAGCGGCUGGACAACAACCUCAUGUACCUGCGGGAUGCCCUGCCCGAGUACAGCACCUUCCCCCUGGACAUGAAGCCCGAGACCCUGGCCCCCGGCCAGGAGGUCCCUGUGAAUAAGCUCCAAGUCCGCAUGAAGCCCAAGCCGUGGUCCAAGCGCUGGGAGCGCCCCCAGUUCCAGAUCCAGGGCAUCCGCUUUGACCUGUGCCUGAGCCCGGAGCAGCUGCAGGAGGCACAGAAGUGGGCCCGGCCCUGGGAGGAGUUUGACAUGAUGAGGGAGUACUGCACGGCCGGGCUGGAGGCCAAGAUCUGGCAGGAAAUAGAGGCCGCCCGCAAGUCCUAGGGCGCCCCUGGCUUUGGGGGCUCAAAGGCUUCUGGGAGAGGGGGGGCUCAGGGGGCACACACCAAGCUGUACAAUAAACAUUUAUUAAGCA